GCGCCAUGCGCAGACUCAGUUCCUGGAGGAAGAUGGCGACAGCCGAGAAGCAGAAGCACGACGGGCGCGUGAAGAUCGGCCACUACAUUCUGGGGGAUACGCUGGGGGUCGGCACUUUCGGCAAAGUGAAAGUUGGCAAACAUGAACUGACUGGGCAUAAAGUUGCCGUGAAGAUACUCAACCGACAGAAGAUUCGGAGCCUUGAUGUGGUAGGAAAAAUCCGCAGAGAAAUUCAGAACCUCAAGCUUUUCAGACAUCCUCAUAUAAUUAAACUGUACCAGGUCAUCAGUACACCUUCUGAUAUUUUCAUGGUGAUGGAAUAUGUCUCAGGAGGAGAGCUAUUUGAUUAUAUCUGUAAAAAUGGAAGGCUGGAUGAAAAAGAAAGCCGACGCCUUUUUCAACAAAUCCUUUCUGGUGUGGAUUACUGUCACAGACAUAUGGUCGUGCAUAGAGAUCUGAAACCUGAAAAUGUCCUGCUUGAUGCACACAUGAAUGCAAAGAUAGCUGAUUUUGGUCUUUCCAACAUGAUGUCGGAUGGAGAAUUUUUAAGAACCAGUUGUGGCUCACCCAACUAUGCUGCCCCAGAAGUCAUAUCAGGAAGAUUGUAUGCGGGCCCAGAGGUAGAUAUAUGGAGCAGUGGGGUUAUUCUCUAUGCUUUAUUAUGUGGAACCCUUCCGUUUGAUGAUGAUCAUGUGCCAACUCUUUUUAAGAAGAUAUGUGAUGGGAUCUUUUAUACUCCUCAAUAUUUAAACCCUUCUGUGAUUAGCCUUUUGAAACAUAUGCUGCAGGUGGAUCCAAUGAAGAGGGCCACAAUCAAAGAUAUCAGGGAACAUGAAUGGUUUAAACAGGACCUUCCAAAAUAUCUCUUUCCUGAAGAUCCAUCAUAUAGUUCAACCAUGAUUGAUGAUGAAGCCUUAAAAGAAGUAUGUGAAAAAUUUGAAUGCUCAGAAGAGGAGGUUCUCAGUUGCCUUUAUAACAGAAAUCACCAGGACCCUUUGGCUGUUGCAUAUCACCUUAUAAUAGAUAAUAGAAGAAUAAUGAAUGAAGCCAAAGAUUUUUACUUGGCAACAAGCCCACCUGAUUCUUUUCUGGAUGAUCACCAUUUGACGCGGCCCCAUCCUGAAAGAGUGCCCUUUUUGGUUGCCGAAACUCCAAGGGCUCGCCAUACCCUUGAUGAAUUAAAUCCACAGAAAUCCAAACACCAAGGUGUAAGGAAAGCAAAAUGGCAUUUGGGAAUUAGAAGUCAAAGUCGACCGAAUGAUAUCAUGGCAGAAGUUUGCAGAGCAAUUAAACAAUUGGAUUAUGAAUGGAAGGUUGUAAACCCUUAUUAUUUGCGUGUUCGAAGGAAGAAUCCUGUGACAAGCACAUACUCUAAAAUGAGUCUUCAGUUAUACCAAGUGGACAGUAGAACUUACUUGCUGGAUUUCCGUAGUAUUGAUGAUGAGAUUACUGAAGCCAAAUCAGGAACUGCUACUCCACAAAGGUCAGGAUCAGUGAGCAACUAUCGAUCUUGCCAAAGGAACGACUCGGAUGCUGAGGCGCCAGGAAAGUCCUCAGAAGCCUCUCUUACCUCAUCUGUAACCUCACUUGACUUUUCUCCUGUUGACUUAGCUCCAAGACCUGGAAGUCACACGAUAGAAUUUUUUGAGAUGUGUGCAAACCUAAUUAAAAUUCUUGCACAGUAAACUCCAAACUUUGCUUAUUUCUUUGAUAGCAAUAAGCAUGCAUAAAUCAUAGCCAAAUGCUUCUAUUUGUAAUCAAGUUAUACAUAAUUAUAACUGAGAAUUGGCCUUUUAGAAUGCAAUUUGCACAAGAAUUGAAACAUGAUUAAUAGUUAAAGUCUAAUGUGCAAAAAAUGAAUUAAGACAUUUUGUUGUUUGUUCUGUAGGCACCUAGUGUAAUAUACAUAAUGAAUUAUAGGUCUCAGGCUCACUUGAUUUAUGGCAAUUUUUUUAUUUAGUGUACAGGGCUUUGCAGAAUAUAAAUUUACCACAAAGGCCUUUGUAUUAUUAUUUCUUAAUAUUUUACACAUUUGCUUCAUAAAUUAAUUAAAUAACUCUAUACCUAGAAGCUCCAGAAACCCUUAUAGGUUUUUUUCUGGGCUCCCAGUAGCAACUAUCUUCCAGCAGAAGUAACUGUCUGGAUAA